AUGUCCCUGUUUGGCUCAUCAGCAUCCGGAGCAGGAGGAUCAAUUUUGAGCGGAACAUCCGCUAAACCAGGAGGACUUUUCGGAACUUCUACCACCACUACUGCAAGUGCUCCACUUUUCGGAGCAACAACAACUACAACAUCCGCCGCCACAACUGGUGGAUUAUUUGGCACAACUUCAACCACAGCAGCACCUGCUGGAGGUCUUUUUGGCUCCACUGCAGCUCCAGCAACAUCUACAGCGGCUCCAGCUGCGACUGGAAGUCUUUUCGGAACUACAGCCACAACAACAACAGCUGCACCAACUACUGGAGGACUUUUUGGAAGUGCUGCACCAGCAGCUACACCAAGUUUAUUUGGAGCAGCGCCAGCUGCAGCAGCCACGACAACAACUGGUGGUUCAUUAUUUGGUGCCGCCAAACCUGCUGGUGGAUUAUUUGGUGCAACUGCAGCCGCACCUGCAGCUGCUUCAACUGGUGUUAGUCUUUUCGGAACACCAACCACUUCUACAGCAAAUGUUACUUGUAAGUUUAAGUUUAUGACCCAAAGAUUGUGAUCAGAAGAUCAGAAAUACUAGAAAACAUAUUUUUCAUUGAAAAAUCUCGUGAAAAAUUCAAAUUUUCAAUGAUUUUUGGCUUCGAAAGACACCCCAGAAGUCUAAGUUUUGAGAAAUUUGAAUUUCGCGCCUUUUUUGCCACGUGGAUUUAUUUCGCUCCAAUUUUUUCAUGAUUUUAGGUUUCGAAUGACACCCCAUAAGCCUAAUUUUUGAAAAAUUUGAAUUUCGCGCUUUUUUUGCCACGUGGAUUUAUUUCGCUCGAACUUUUUCAUGAAAUUCGGCUUCGAAUGAAACCCCAUAAGCCUAGGUUUUGAAAAUAUCUGAAUUUCGCGUCAAUUUUUGCCACGUGGAUUUUUUUCGCUCCAAAUUUUUCAUGAAAUUCGGCUUCGAAUGAAACCCCAGAAGUCUAAGUUUUUAAAAAUUUUGAAUUUCACGCUUUUUUUGCCACGUGGUUUUAUUUCGCUCCAAAUUCAAAUUUUUUCCACGAAUUUUAAGCCUAGAUUUCUAUAACAAAAUUGUUUUCCAGUGGGACUUGGCGGAACUCAACAAAAAUUGGCGACCGGCACAAUCGGCGCCACAUCCACAACUCUCACAGCCGGCGGCGAAAAGGAGGCGGUGAAGGAUGGCGAAAUCGCCGGAGCUGCACAAAUUCGAGAAUUAUUGCCGUUGAUUGAGUGAGUCAUGAUUUUUCUUUCCUGAAAAUCUUUUUGAAAAAUUUCAGAGCGAGCUUGAAGAAAAAUCGAGAAAUAAUGGAAGAUGUUGAAAAUACGACAAUUGACACGAGCCCAAUAUCGAUUGAUGAAAUGAUUGAUAAGGUGAUUUUAAAAAAAUCUGAAAAAAAAAAAUAGAAAAUUCAAGGAUUUUUUUAUAGACUCGAACAUGGAUCAAUGAAAGUCGCCGGAAUAUUCGAGAAGCUUCGGAUAUGGCAACAUAUGUUGCCACUUUGGUUUCAGACGAUAAACAAUUUUUGGACACUGCUAAAAAACUACAGGAUGCUUCGACUACAAGUAAUCAGACAACACUUUGUAAUACAAUUAAGAGGUUGGCGAAUUUUUAUAUUUGAAGGGGUUUUGAGCAGUAAAUAAGUUGUGCUCAUUAGAAAGAGCAUUUUUCUGGAGGCUUCUCAAGUAUUAUUUUUGAAAAAUUUCAAAGUUCGAGUGAAACACCUCAGAGAUUCGCUGGCCAGCUCGCCACUAGAUCAGGACCAGGUGGCCGGAAAGUUCAAAACGAGCUGAAUUUGAUUCGGCCACCAGGUCGCCUUGAGUUUUCCGGCCACGUGGCCUGUGUGUUUGAAAUCCUGGAAAGCUAGCAAGACGGUGGUUUUUACUCAAAAUAGUGCAUUUUUAACUGUUUUUUUUUCACUUCCUAAGGUUUCUAGUACUCCGAAAAAACAGAAAAUGAGCCAAUUUCUUCGAAAAUGCUCGGAUUCAGAAGUUUUUUGGACUUUUUUCUCUUAAGCGAGACGAUCUGGACGCGAGGUCGGGUCGAGCUGGACAACCUGGGCGAGGUGGUCUGCAUUAACUGAACCACCUCGCGACCAGGUCGUCUCGCAAAAAAUACGGGCGAUGUGGUUGUCCGUGUCAAUUUCAGAUGGGCAGUCGACCCCACCUAGUGACCAGCUGGCCAGCGAAUCUCUGAGACCGUGUAAAAUAUCAGGGGCGAUUCAGGAACGAAAAAAAUGUUUUAAAAUGUUUUUUUUAUCAUUGAAAGAUCAAUUAACGAAAAGUCAAAAAAUGUCGAAAAACAUUGUGAGUCAAAAUUAGUUUUUCGAGUUUUUCAGCCAAAAAUGAUGACAAAUCGAGAUUUUCGAAGCUUCUGGAGUAAUUUCUGAUGAAAAUAAGCUUCUAGAACUGUAUUUUACCUCAUUUUAUUAAUUUCUUCGAAGUUCAUCAAAAUUUAAAAAUUUUUUAUUCUACGAAAAAUCAGCAAAACCUUCUGGAAAGUGAAUUCCAAGGUCAAUUUUCAUCAGAAAUCACUCCAGAAGCUUUUAAAAACAUUGAUUUGUCAACAUUUUUUGGCUGAAAAACUCGAAAAACUAAUUUUGACCUACAAUGUUUUUUCGACAUUUUUUGACUUUUUGUGAAUUGAUCUUUCGAUGUUAAAAAAUCAGUUUUUAGCUUUCUCAAUUUUUUUUUAAUUUGAGAAGCUUCCAGAAAACAUCUUUCGAAGAUUCUACUAAUUAGAACAUGCCUUUUCAAAUGAGCACAGCUUAUUUUCUUUUCAAACCCCACUUUUAAGUGAAAUAUUCCAUCUCACAAUCAAUAUUCAUGUUUCAGUCAUCUUUUCGAGUUAACAAAUAAUUAUGAUGCGCAAAUGUUGCAAAUGCAAAAACGAGUUGAGGGAAUUCAUUCGAAAUUCGAGCGAUUAUUAAAUGGAGAAUCGGCAUUGACAAUGAGCGAAUUGGAUGAAAUGUUCAAAAGAUGCGAUAAAUCAUAUGCGACUGCUCAAUAUCAUAUACACGAAACUGGAAGGGAAAUUGAGGUAUUUUUUGGAAUCUAGACAAAAAUCUUGGCAAAACGGAAUAAAAAACCCGAAAUAUGUUUUUAACCUUCCAAAAUUGUUAAGAUAAUGCCACGUCAUAACUAAUGAGGCACAAAUUAGAAGCCUUAAAAAUUAAUGAAAAUUUUGACUGUUGUUAAGCUGAAAUUCCACGUCAUAACUUUUUUAAAUUGAGAAAUUGAGGUAUUUUUGAACUCUAGAAAACAUCUAAAAAUGAGUUAUGACGUGGCAAAUUUUAGAAAUUCACAAAAACCUAAACAUUUAAAGUACUUUUCCUAACAUCCAAAAUUAUUUCAAUUUUUUUUUUCAUAAAAUAGAAUAUUGCCAAGAUAAUGCCACUAAUGUUUAAAGAAAAAAGUUCAGCCAAUUUUUUUUUGAAAUCUGAGAAAAAAAUCUAUGACGUGGCAAAAAAUAGAAACCUUAAAAAUCAAUGAAAAUUUUAACUGUUUUGUAAUGCCACUUCAUGUUUAACUCAAAAAAAACCUAAAAGUUCCACUCUUUCUAUUUUUCACGAAAGCCCCUUUUUCCAGGCGCUCAAAAACGUUCUAAUAGAACAAGGCUAUACACAUUUGCGAAAAUCCUAUCAACAACCAUUCUCAAACAUUACAAAUUCUUCAACCAACGAAGGCGCCGAAUUCUUCCCAUCUCAAUCAAGUUUAGCAGUCAUCGGAAGCUCAUUGCGUGCUGCUCCACAAACAACUGCACCAAUCACAACUGGUUUAGGACUUGGAACAACUGGUGGAUUAUUUGGUAGCACUGGCGGAGGAACAUCGCUUUUCGGUUCGACUACAGCAAAUACAGCCACUAAACCAUUGUUUGGUGCGACUAGUAGUGCUGGAACAACUGGUGGAUCUUUAUUCGGAAAUUUGACAACAUCAGCGACUUCUACAACUGCACCAGCUACAACUGGAGCAUCAUUAUUCGGUGCAAAACCGACUGCAACUUCAACUGUUACAAAUAAUUCGAGUGGUUUGUUGUUUAGUAUGAAGAAAUAA